AUGAAGAAAUAUUAACAGAUUAGUUCUACCCAGGCCUAAGAAAAAACCUUAAAGCGAAACAAGUCACCUCUAAAGCAACCUGUAGCACUUUCUCAUGCUCUGCUCUCACUUAAUAGUAUGGCCUUCUAAGGGACCCUAAGAAAUCUCUCACUGUAAAAUAUGGGCAUCCAACUUAUCGACUUUAUCGAUCCAAGAAUUGCAAACUAAGUUCUUGAACUAGAUUUAUCCAAUAAUAAACUUCAGAGUCUUCAAAACAUAGAGCAAUUUAGAGCACUAAGCAAGCUCAAGAUAUAGCAUAAUUAGAUAUAGUCGGUGCAAGAACUUGGCUUUCUAAGUAGGCUGGAACAAUUGGAAUCCAUCUGCAUUGAGGGUAAUCCAUUCUAAGAAGAAGAAAAAUAUAUAAGAAAAUAUAUUGAAUGCAAUCUUAGAAAUAUAAGCAGGACAGAUUUGAAAUCUAGUAAAGCUCACGAAUAUAACAUGUUGAGUUCUCCAAGUCAAGCUACUACUGGUGGAGGCGGCGGCUACUCUCAAUCUCUCCAAAAUAUCCCCGAGCUAAUGAGAGAGCUUUCUAACUUUUCCAACACGAUUAAGCCACUCAGCAGCUAAAAUGGCAUUACAACUACUCCUUCGUAAUAACCAUAACUAAACAAUAAAUAAAUAUCUAAUCUUGUAAAUGCUAAAAUCGGCAAGAAUAAUGCAAAGAGCAGAAGAGACUCAAAUGAGGGACUUGGUAGUUGUGCAUAAAAUGUGAUGGUUGGCUCCAAUAAUUUGAAGUUUGAGGACAAAAGAGACUACGUCGGUACAGCUGUCUCAACUUCGAACUAAUGUAAUAAGUAUAAUACUAAUAUACAAAUUUAAGAAGAGGCUGAUUCCUUUGACAUGAUUAAUCUCUCAGGUGAUAAUAAUAUGCCUGAUAUAAAUCUUUAGCAAUCAAGGGAACUUUAGAAGAGAAUGACGAACAACUUGCGAGGAAUCGGAAAUCACUGCUAAAUUCUGUCUAACGGCUCUUAAGAAAGAGAUUCUUAACUACCUAUUUAAAAAAGCAACUCAACGACUGAGGCUCCUGGGGGCUACGUCAAUAUAUAAUCCAUAAAAAAAGAUUUGAAUAAUUUAGGCUAAGGGGGAAAUUCAAGAAACCUUCUAAGUGGCUAAACUUCUCUUGGUCUAUCUAGACAGUUUUCAUAGUAAAAUUUUGGAUAUGAUACAGGAACUACUCAUCAAUAAUUUUUAUAAAGAAUAAUCAACCAUUAGUAAAAUCCGUCAUCAUCAGAGAGUGAACGCUCAAGUGUGAAGAGCAUCACAACAAUAAAUUCUUCUUCCAGACAUUCUAAUAAUCAUUAAAUUCCAAAACCUUCGAACUCUAGAAAUAACAAUAUACUUCUUGCUCACACAGCUCAAACUCAAAGAUAAAAUUAGAGUAUCGGUGGACUGCUUAAUAACUAUAUUAAUAUUGAGACUUCAUUAGCUGGUAAUAAUAAUGCAGCUCAUUAAAUAAAUUCAGGACAUCAGACAGAUAGAAGUUAAUACAACUAGAAUCAGCAAUAGAAUGCAGAACCAUUCGAACUGAAGAAGUCCUCUAGUUAAAUGCAAGUAAAAUUAAAGCGCUAGAGCGUGAAUUUCCAAACUAAAGAAGGAUCAUCAUCUAGAAAUUCCACUGUCAGAGAAUCCUUAUUACUAAGAAACGAUUCAUCAACAAUCAUCCAAUAAAAUCAUGGAUCUCUUUGUAACAGAGAGAUUAAUAUGUUUGCAACAAUGUAGCACUAAAGACCAUCGUCUCCUCAUAAUGAUCAAAUUCAAAUACUGAACUAUACAACUACUAAGUUAUCAACAUAAUAGCUAGAGUAGAUGGCUGAUAUUUUUAUCUAGAGAAACUUACGCAGUAAGAUGCAAAAGAUCAAGAAUCAUUACUUCCGUUCUUGGAUCAGAGAAGCAAAGGUGAACAAUUUGCUCAAAUAAAAGGGAAUGAUAAUCUUCUCUAAGUUUAACAAAAUCGAUCAAUCACUUAACAAAAGAGCUUUCAAAAUCAAGUAUUAAUACUUGUAAUCAUGGAAGCAUGUAUUUGCUAAGCAGAGAUUCCAAGAGCAGGUCAUGCCCAAACUAAUGAAUGGGGUGUACAGAUAUGUAUUAAGAAAAGUUUUCGACAAUAUUCGUCAAGUUCCAAGAGUCUAUAGCGCUAGAGAGAGCAAACGUAAUUCCCACGCCCCAUCAAUGACUAAACUAGGUCAUUUCAACUCUCUAGGGAAAGAGAUGAAUAGUCUUCUUAACCCUGUUGGAGGGCUUAUUCCCAGUGGAUAUGCCACCCAGCGAAGCAGAAUGUAUGAUGGUACUAUGCCUGAGUCAGUAUUACAAGAAAUUAUCAAGGAAAAUGUUUAGAAGACUAUUCAUCAUGAUAAAAACCAUAACGGAGGGGGAAGUGGAUCGAUUAUUACCGGAAAUAAAACAAGAACCAGAAACAACGGAAUCUCCUAGCAAAACUCCAACACUAUCUUUGGCACCGGCAAUAGCAUUGAUAGAAAAACAACCCAAGGGGGUAGCACUAAUAAUAACUCAGUGACUGUAAAUAAUAACUCGUCCACUAAGAAAAGAAAGUCAGCUCCUUUCUACUCAACUAAUCAAUCAAGAAAUCAAACUCACAUCAAGAAUUCCUAGAACUCUAUGAGUCUUGUGAAUAGUGGCCAUCAAGCUAACAGUGAUAAAAAACAAAAAAUCGCCAACUAGGUUUUGAAGAAGAGUUCAAGCGGGGCUGCCUUAAAUGGAGCUCCAUCCCUUGGAUAAAGUGGCUCUCAGCAAUCCUUGUUCAAAAUGUUCACAACAACUUCUACUAGUCAAAGAUAAAAUUAGGUGAUUGAGAGACCAGGCUCUGGUAAUGUCACAGGUGCCAAAGCGCUCCAUCAAUCUCAAAGCCAAACUAACAUCCUCAAAAAGGCUUCAGUCUUGUCUACUUCUCAACAUGACACUCAUAAUAACUCAUCGAGACAUAAGUUUACAUAGAAUGACAAAAAUGGAAGUGGGCAAAAGUAAUAUGCUUCUUAAGUUCACAAAAUGCUUAAGACUAGCAGCGCCUAGCAACUGAGCCAUGCCUAGUAAUAGCAUCAGCAUUAGCCAGCUAAAAAUAGCAUCAAUUUUUAUAGUAAAGCAAGUAUAGAUCAAGGCCAUGAUAGGGCUAAACUCAAAUCAACAUAACAAGUAAUGAGACCUAAUUCUUCCAAUGCACUAAAUAUGAUAUAAGGUGGGACAUUCGACUACAGAGAUCAUUUAAGUUAGUAUGAGGAGGCAGACCACUCAGCAGUUCUGAUAAGUGAGGGUCUGAAAACCACAAGAGCCAUAGACAAGCAAAAGAUUAAGCUUGUGAGUCACCAACAGAGAUUUUAGUCUUGA